AUGGCGCCAUCGCCACCAAAGCGGAUCCGGCGCAAGCGUGCUGGGGAGAGCCUCAUCCGAAUUGAUGUCUGUUGGUGGCUCCUCGAUUCGCUUGACAUCAAGCGGACACACGCGGAGCCGCUACUCCGGUCGCUUGCAGCCAAGGUGGUCCAGGCCCCGGAUGGCGAGACCUGGAGCGACCUCGGGGUGUCGGAGCAGACACUCGUCGAUCUGGGCCUUCCCAGGAGGGCCGGCAAGGUCUUAGACGGAAGUAUGCCUUUCGGGAACAAGCUGGCCACCGCUGUGACGUCUGCGGACGGCUCCACGACGAAGAUGGUCUUCGAGCUGCACGACGGUCACAAGGUAGAGUCGGUUGUGAUGCGUCAUGACGACCGGACGACCAUCUGCGUCUCCUCACAGGUCGGAUGCCAGAUGGGCUGCACCUUCUGUGCCACCGGAACCAUGCCGGUUGUGGGCGAUCUGGAUGCUGGGGAGAUCGUGGAGCAGCUCCUGGCUGCCCAGCGCUUCGAGGCGGCUGCGGGACGCCCGGUCGUGCGCAACGCGGUUUUCAUGGGGAUGGGCGAGCCACUGAACAACUAUGACUCUGUUCUGUCCGCCGUGAAGACCAUGACCGACCUGGGCCAGCUGGGAAGCUUUGCUCUGCCGCAGAGCCGGGUGACCAUCUCGACCGUAGGAGUUGUGCCACGAAUGCGGCAGCUGGCGAGAGAUCUACCCGGCCUUAGCCUGGCUCUGUCGCUUCACGCUCCGACGCAGGAGCUCCGGCAGAAGAUCGUUCCUUCGGCCAAGAACGUACCCAUGGAGGAGCUACUGGCCGCCAUGGACAUUCACUUGGAGACGAAGACCGCGCGUGCGAUGGUCGAGUACGUGCUCCUGGCUGACGUCAAUGACACCGACGACUGCGCCAAAGAGCUGGGCAAGCUGUUGGCUCCACGAGCCCGCAAGGUCAUGGUGAACUUGAUCCCCUACAACCCCGGCGCCUCCUCCAUGCCGGACGGCUUCCGAGCACCGCAACAUCAGCGAGUAGAGC